AUGGCCAAUCAUUAUGAUGUUCCCAACUGGGCCGGUAAACCGCCUGUAGGGUUACACUUGGACGUAUUAAAAGGAGACAAAUUAAUUCAAAAAUUAAUGUUGGAUCAGAAAAAGUGCUACUUAUUUGGACGUAAUGCACAAAUGAGUGACUUUUGUAUUGACCAUCAAUCAUGUUCAAGAGUUCAUGCUGCAUUUGUCUACCACAAACAUUUAAAUAGAGCAUUUUUAGUUGAUCUUGGAUCUACUCAUGGUACAUACAUUGGUAGCAUUAGAAUUGAAGCUGAUAAACCCACUCAAUUACCAAUAAAUAGUCAGUUUCAUUUUGGUGCAUCUACUCGAACAUACAUUAUUCGGGAACGUCCCCAAUCUACAUCAGCUUUUGGACCUCGUCCAAUAAUGGACCAGUUAGAGAGAGAAUCUGAUCAUGCAUCUAGUUUAUUAGGACUUCCAGAAACUGAUCUUGAACUUGAUAAUUUGACUGAAUUUAAUACGGCGCAAAAUCGACGAAUAUCAAUGCUUGGUAUAUCAGAGGAUGCAUUAAAAACAAAACGAAAACGUACAAGAGGUGUCCAUUUCAAUGAAGAUGAGCAGAUAAUCAAUCCAGAAGAUAUCGAUCCAUCAGUUGGCCGUUUCAGAAACCUAAUAAGAACUACUGUUAUACCUAAUAAAAAAUUCAAAGAUGGUAUGGGUUUUGCUAUUGACCAAAAUACUGCCAAUGGUCAAAAUAAAAACUACUUGAAAAAUAUGAUUCCUGGUGCACAUUUACACAAUUCACUUUACAGUGAUAUCCCUGGUCCAGAUGGGGACAAUAAGCAGCAUGGUUUCUUAUCAUCAAUUGGUAAUCGUCUUGGUAUGAAUUUACCAAAUCCUGCACCAGAUGUUGAUAUUAACCCUAGUAUAGAAGAAAUAGCCGUUCCCAAUCCAGUAGUGUCUGAAAAAGUUGAACCCGCUUCAACAGAGCCUAAAAAGAAAAAAUAUGCAAAAGAGGCAUGGCCUGGGAAAAAAAAUGCACCAGCAUUGCUUGUUUAA